UAAGAAGAGUUAAGGCCGUGCCAAUGCCAGUCAAAGGAAGUGCGCACGCGCAUACAACGUACCAUUAAUAUUUAAUAAUUAUUUUAACAAUCAUUCUCAAAAUGAAAUCGGCGGUGAUUAAGUUAAGUGCCUUAUUGAUGCUGGCUUCCUGCUGCGUAGCCGAUGUUGGUGAAGCAAUUCAGAACAACCAGGUUGCAAAUCCAGUGACAGAAGUGUGUCUUGGUUGCCUGUGUCAAGCAGUGUCAGGCUGCAAACAAGGCCAGCAAUGCGACGGUGAUGCCUGUGGACUCUUCAAGAUAACCUGGGCUUAUUGGGCUGAUGCUGGAAAGCCCACUUUACUUGGCUAUUCGCCUGAUGCCCCUGAAGCAUACUCAAGCUGUGCGAACGACCCACACUGCGCUGCUCAGACUGUUCAAGGCUAUAUGAGGCGGUUCGGUCAGGACUGCAACGGAGAUGGCGUGGUCAACUGUUACGAUUAUAUAGCGAUACACAAACUUGGAGGCUACGGCUGCAAGGGUGAACUUCCCUACCAAUAUGUGAACGUGUUCAACCAAUGCGUCGCCGCUGUAGUGCAACACCAGGGACCGAACUAAAUUUAAAAAGAUGCUGAUUUAAAAAUAGAACUUUUCAGCACGAAGGACAUGGACUAGUUAUACGCAAAAUUUACUUUAUUCCAAUUUGAACAUAAUGCAAUGAAAUGUGUACAAACCACGGACUAGUAUAAAUUAUAAGGAUUUCGUGUCACUUACAUAACAGUGUAGCAUCAAAACAAGCCGAUUAACGUGUAAAUACAUAGCCACACGCACACAAUUACACUACUACAGGCCGAUAGGCGGCCAUUAUGAGAAUUGUCAUCGUCUGUGACCUUUGCGUCGCAAUAAAAUAUUUUAAAAAUGUCGUCGUGCGUUGUGAAAAAGUGUAAAAAUGAUACUUUAUAAAUAUUUGUGGCCAUAUAUGAUUAUUUAAGGGAGAAAAGAUUGUGUAACUAGUAUCUCCCGUAACCGCACACACACUAGCAUAUCUAAUCUUGCUAAUAUCCCGGCGCGGAGUCCUUAUUUUUUUACUCGUCCGUGGUACAAACUAAUAAAUUCUACAACCCGUUUUA